GACGUCAUAAAAAUACUUUUUUUCAUCUCAGUGCAAUGAGAACCAAGUGCGGUUGCGUAUUUUAGUUCUCCUGCUGAUUUGAGUUAAGUUGUGAAAUUCUUCGCGUUAAGUUCAUUGAUUCAUUGCGAAAAUGAUAGGCUUGAUGUUAGUGACCACUGGGGUACUCCAGGACUUAAUGACGAGGUCUAUCAACGUCCUGCUGAGGUCAGUCGCAGUGUCAGCGCAGACUGUCAGGCCCAAGACUAUUGCGUGCAAGACAGACAUGCGCAGUGGCUCUGACGUGGCUGCUGAGUCCGAGACGAAGCCGGAGAGUCGCGAGAGUCUAAAUGGACCAGGCGCAUGCGCACCUACGGGUGAGGCCCCACAGACCAGUGUAGCAGGGAAGUCCGCAUCACCGGCAGAUGUUGUAGGGCGACCUGCACCGGCCAACCUGCCCCGUCCAAGCUCCUCGGUGCCUACCCCUGCACCGUCUGCAGACGGCCGGGAUGGACAGGGUUCAGCUGACAAGAGUGGUGCGAGGAAGAAGGUGACAUUCGCACCGUCUACAGACGACCUGGAUGCUCAGCCUUCAGCUGACAAGAGUGGUGCUAAGAAGAAGGUAACCUUCGCACCGUCUACAGAUGGUCAGGAUGCACAGCGUCAAAACAACAAGAGUGGUGCCAGAAAGAAGGAAACCUUUGGCGGGAUGAAGUCCGGGUUUCUGUCUGGUGGCACAGCCGGCGGAACAAAGCUGAAGGCGAAGGAAGCGCAGAAAGUGGGGAAGAUGAGAAGAGGAGGCAGAAAGUCUCGGGAGUCGGCCAAGUCUCGGGAGGCGGCAAAGUCUCGGGAGAAGAAAAAGUCUUACGAGAAGAAGGCGGCUGAGCAGGCCCGGUUGGAGCAGGAGGCGGCGCAGAGGUAUGAAGCGUACGCGAUGGCGAGCAUGCUGACCACCUGGCCGAACGUACGGAUCGGCACCGGCGUGUCUGCGGCAGGGUACCCGCUGACGCCGAACCUGGUGUUCCGUGCGCCGGUGGAUGCACCCGAGCAGACCGGCUGAUUAUGCAUCUUUCUUAUCUGAGAGAUGAUAUUAUCAAGAUCAUUAUACAAUAUUCUUGAUAUUAUAUAACGUUAGUAUAUGUAUAUUAAAUGUUGACGAAUAUGUAUCUAUACUCACUGUUUUGUCAUGUUAAGUCUAGUAUGUCUCAGCUGUAAGUGAUGGCUUAAAUAUACAUGUUUUUAAUAUUACAUUGUAACCAUGUAUUGUACAUGUAGGUUUUACCACUUUAAGGAUGGAUGUUAGAAUUGCCUUUCACAGAGCUUCAUAACUAUAAAGUUUAAGGCAUAUCGGUGGCUGCUGCUAACUCAAACUGUCCCCUUGAAAGUUUAGGACUGUAACCUUGAAAGUUUAGGACUGUCUCUUUGAAAGUUGAUGUCCCCAUUCUGUUAGCCGAUGUGACGUUGUGACUUAGACAUUAGAAUAAAAGAACAUGUUAUUUUUGUCAUGA